CUUUGUUUGCUUCAAGGUGUCACCGCGCGAGAGAUCACCACCACCACCACCGCUUCCUCCGACUUCAAUCAUACCACUCUCACUUCACCCAAUACCACCACCACCACACAACAGAAGCAACUAUGUCGCAGCCGCCCGCGCGCCCCGGCGGCGGCAUGUCCGGACUCUACGCCAACCUCCUCGGCGACACGACUGCGUCGACGUCCAAGAGCUCCUCGGCGACGAUCUCGAAAGCGCCCGUAGUAUUCGCAAAGCCAUCCGGCGGCACGUCUGGACCAGCGGCGACUCCGACGGCGGAGGACCCUACAAGUGGCAGCAGCAACACAAGCACACAGAAAAAGAUUAAUGCCGCUGCGCUACGAUUUCAGCCCACCAUUACGAAACGCCCUGCGCCCCCGCAGCAGAAGAAGGGAAUGAACUUUAAGCCAAUUGGCGGCGCCGCGAUCAAGGGCGCCACCACCACCACCGGUGAGGAUUCCGCGACGACGCCACAGGUGAAGCCCGAAGCGCCAAAGCCAGUGGUCAAGACUACCCUCGAGGAUUGGGUCGGCGAUGAUGAGGAUGUCAAUGGCUUCUACAACAGCACCAAUAAGGAACGGCAGCGUGCUGGAAGAAAGAAGAGGAAGAAGAAUAAGGCCACUCCGCCGCCGCCGACAAACUGGGACGACAUCUAUGAUCCGCUCAGACCCAAUAGCUACGAAGAGUACAAGGAAGGAGACGAGAAGAUCCGCGAGAUGGAGGAUUGGCGGGAGAGGCUAUACGGCAAGAAGCGGAGGAGCCGUUACAGCGACAGCAGUGACUCCGAGGACGAAAGGCGCCCUGCCGUAGGAGGCCGCUUUGCACCCCCCACCAAUUACUCGUUCGCUCCACCGCCGCAGUUCGCGCCUCCCCCUCCUCCUUCUAAUAAACCACCGACACCAGCUAUCGAGAUACCCGACGACGCCUCGGGAGAAGACGCGUUUGCCCGCCGAAUGCGAAUGUCCCAGCGAGGCCAAGUCGGCUACGCAGCGGCACCUACGCACGUCCCGCAGUCACCUACGCACGUCCCGCAGUCACCUCCGCCGCCACCUCCUCCCGCAGCCACUGCUCCGGCCUCGACAGCCGACCUGACCAUCUCCCGCGCGCCAGUCCUCUACACCCAAUCUGCUGCCACCGAAUCCCCGUCGUCCGACCUCAUAAACCCGUACGCCGAGCCCUCCCCGGAGCCCGAAGCCUCCUCCCGCCCGGGCCAAGCCGGCUUCGCAAAGCGGCUGAUGGAGCGCCAAGGCUGGAAAGCAGGGCAGGGCCUCGGGCGCGACGGCAAAGGCAUCACGAAGGCGAUCCAGAUGGUGUCCUCUGGCAAGAAGGGCCAGCCGGGGCGCGGCAAGAUCGUCGACAAGAACAAGAAGCGCGCCACCGCCGACGCGGACCGCUCCGAGGUCGUGGUCAUGCGCGGUAUCGUCGAUGGAAAGAGAAGGCUCGAAGACGCGGAGCUCAUGCAGAAAAUCGGCGACGAGUAUAAACGCUACGGAAGGGUCGUGCAGAUCAAGAUUUGCUGGGAUGAGGAGGACCCCGAGACCGCUAGGGUCUAUGUCUUGUUUGCGGACGUGGGCAGCGCGCAGAUGGCCGUCAAUGGACUACAGAGACGGGAGAUCUUUGAGGGGAACAAGACGGAGGCCGCGUUUUAUCCAAAGGAGAAGUUUGAGGCGUUGGUGUUUGAGUGAAAUGUUACACGGAUGGAUUGCGGAUGGGGAUGUGGAGUGUGUGUUGCGUACUACUAUUGGUUUUAGCGAAUAUCAAUCUUUUCAUUGUGAGCCUGCGUG